CUGUGUUGUCUUUUCAGUCCGCGGACCCGCGUGUUCGUAUGCGUGUGUUGCAAGCACCUCUGGGCCGGACGACGCCUCGGUGAAAAAUUCGCAUGGGAAGAAGCCAUGGCUGAAAGAAUCAACUUAGAAGACACAUAGAACGUCUUCCGUUCAUACAGUCGUUACUGUCCUCUCAUUUCUACACAUUCCAACUUCUUGUUCUGUGCCGUACAACUGUGGAAACUGUGUCAUCCGGAAGUUUGUCUUGUGUUGGUGCAUUCUUUUCUCGUGUUUUGUGGCUUUAUGUGGGUCGAACUAUGAUACUAGUGCUGCCAGUGCCAAAGUCAGAUUGUGCUCCUUUCGGUUCUGAUCACGACAGGAGAUGAAAUGAUUUUCAGCCUAACGAAAAUGCGCCGCUGGAAUGGAUUACUACUCCUAGUUGCAUUCACUUCGCAGGUAUGGGGAACUACAGAAUUAGUGCUGCACCUGCCAACUGAAUACACGAGUCUCCCGAGUGGAACGCUGCGGGUUGACUACACUCCACCCGUGGGCGACCCGCAGCCAAACUUCACCUUUCCCGCGACAGACUCCGUAGAGGGCAUCCCUAUAGACGACGUCCGACCUGGUACUGAUUACACAUUCCACUUGUACCUCUCAAACAACACGGUCGACGACUACAAGCUGUGGACGACCGUAAUUGAGACAGAACCUGAACCACCAACGAACUUGUCCAUAAAAAUCGACACCGGAAAAGUCGCCCACGUGUACUGGGAGCCUCCAAAACAGGGUGGAAGCACAGGAUUUCGUCUUUCUACUCUGCCGUUAUCAGACGCCGAUGACACCACCGAACGAAGCAUUCACUUACGGGACGAAAGCCCACCCUUCACACUUCGUGACCUCACUCCAGGCGGAACUUACCAGACGAAAAUUUACACCAUCUACAAGUCCAUGGAGUCUCAGCGGUAUGCGUCGUCAAACUUCACUACAAAACCUAAUGCCCCUGGGAGGUUUAUCGUAUGGUUUCGAAAUGAGACAACACUUCUGGUGCUGUGGCAACCACCGUACCCUUCUGGAAUAUUUGACCAGUACCUAGUAAGCAUCGUACCUGAAGAUGCUUCCCAGUCUGUCCUAUAUGUUGACAAGGAAGGAGAGCCACCCGGUCCCGCACAAGCUCCAUUUUACGGUCUCGUUCCUGGAAGGGCUUACAAUAUAUCAGUUCAGACCAUCAGUCAAACACAGAUCAGUGCGCCUACGGAGGCUCAAUACCGAACAGUUCCACUGCCUCCUACCAACGUGACCUUCAAUCCAGCGAAGGUCACAUCAAGAUCCUUCGAAGUGCAGUGGGCGCCUCCAAAAUCGUUCUCAGAGUUUGACCGCUAUCAAGUGGCUUUAAGUCUUCGACAUUCAUUGAGGCAAAUCGUGGGCAAAGAUGAAGAUAGGGUAGCUAACUUUGACGUUGACCUCGAACCUGGACACACUUACGAGGUCAUGGUAAAGACUGUGAGCGGCAAUGUUGCCAGCUGGCCGGUCAUGGGGAACAUCACGACAUUACCGCUGCCCGUUGAAGAGCUAAAUGCCACAUCAGGAGAAGCAGGAGAAAUAGUGGCUGAAUGGAGUCCAAACGAAGCGAGUACACAGGAUUCCUACCUCGUGAAAUACAACGAACUGGAGGCUUUUAACAGCGACAGUGUUGAGAAAGUCAAAACGGCCUCUGUUCAUCUGGUGGGCCUGCUUCCAGGCCGCAAUUACUCCAUUAGUGUUAUGGCUGUUAGCAGAGGAGCUGCAAGUGAACCAUCUACAGUGUACCAGGCAACAAGGCCAGCGUCACCAGUUAUAGAAGCGCUUGAACCAGUGGGACAUCACAUGAAUAUAUCCUGGAAGUCUGACGUGACCAGUCGCCAAGAUUCUUUCGCGGUGGUCUACGUCCGUAACGACACAGCCGAGAAGCGCCAAGAAGACACAAAACAAAACUGGCUUUUGCUAACAAACUUGUACCCCGGUGCCAGCUAUGAAAUCAAGGUUUAUGCAGUCAGUCAUGGCCUAUGGUCAGAACCGCAUGCGUAUUACCAGACUGUCGCACCCCGACCUCCACAGAAGCUACAAAUUGUCAAAGCCAGCAAUGCAACGCUAACCCUUUCUUGGAGUGCACCAGCCAACUCCCUAGUUGACCACUAUACAGUUAGAUAUCGGCCGACAGAAUCUUCAUUUUGGAGGGAAGCUGGAGUGAUAAACACAACAUCAACUGAACUUGAAGACCUUGUGGCUGGUGAGCGUUACAUUGUUCGGGUGGCAACCGUGAGUAACAAGGUGGAAAGCAUUGAGACGCAAGAGCUGCAGCAUACGCUGUAUCCCAAUGCCAUAAAGCAUGUUAGACAUUUUCUGGAUUCACAAAACAUUACGUUUGAAUGGAUGGUUCCGACAGGUCGAGUGGAUUACUACACAAUUUUGUAUAGCCCUGUGAGAGAUGCACAAGCUCAGAAAACGAAGCAGGUGCCUGCAAAUGCAACACGAGAGGGCGAUAACGUCAGCGUUAUCGUUGACAAUCUGAAACCGGGAGAGCUAUAUUCAUUCCGCAUGUACGCGGUGAGCCAUGAAGUCCGGAGUGAAGUCAUCGGCGUCCAGACAAGGACAAUGCCGGUCAUCGACUCAGUCAUCAAUAUUGUGGCUGACGAGCACGAAACCAGGACGCUGGGAAUCAAGUAUACGCCCACACCUCAGCGCCAUGUUGUGUUUGACCGCUACCGGUUCCAACUUAGCGACACCGGAAUCCCAGCACAGGAGAAGUUAUCGAAUGAAACGAACCGCUUGGUUCUCUUCGAUAAUUUAACACCCGGGAGACUAUACAACAUAAGCAUCUGGACCAUAAGCGGUGGCGUGUACAGUGUUCCGAUAUACCGUCACACGCGACUGUUUCCAGAUCCCGUCAAAGACAUCAAGGCACUGACUGUGACAGACACAACGAUUUCUUUGGUGUGGGAAAGUGCAACUGGUGAUCGUGACGGCUACGAAGUGCAGUACCUGGACCACCGGGGCAUCCUUGUGCAGAAUUUUACCCUCUCUGAACGCAUCUCAUACACAAACCUGCGGCCGCAUCAUAACUACACAUUCGUCGUCGCUGUCAUGAGUGGUUACGACACUUCCACGGUGCGCCGAAGUCUACCAAUUUCGCGUACCUUUCAAACACUUGAAUCAGUACCAGGAAGUGUUCAUCAUUUUCAUCCUUUUGACUUGAAACCAAGCGAAAUCGUGUUGCAGUGGUCACUACCUCCUAGUGAGCAGAACGGUGUGCUGACGGGCUUCAAAAUUACCUACUACAUGAAGGGCUCCUUGACCUAUCGCCACAAACUCUUUGAACCGACAGAUACUCUAGGAACUAUCACAAACCUAAUCCCUGGACGGACGUAUAUUUUCGAGAUUCAAGCCCACACUAAAAUUGGUCCAGGAGGGAGAGCCCGAUGGGAGGAAACGAUGCCAAUAUGGGCACCGCCUCGCCCUAGCGACACCGUGUUCCCGACGCCGUUGGGACACAGUUCAUCUACGAUACGCAUUGUGUAUCGCAAGAACUACUUUACCAACAGCCAUGGACCUAUCUAUGCGUAUAGCGUGAUAGUGGCUGAGGACGAUGCCAAGGACAGCAAUUUUGCAAAUCUGCCUUCUUGGUCAGAUGUCCAAAGUCAUCACACCUGGCCUCCGUACCAGGUGACAGAGCCGUAUUACCCCUUUAAUGGUACUCUCACCGAGGAUUUUGUUAUCGGGACAGACGACUGCAAGGGACGAAAUGGGUACUGCAACGGUCCGCUGAAGCCUGGCUCAUCCUACCGUGUCAAAGUGCGAGCCUACACUGCGCCGGACAAAUUCACAGACACUGUGUACUCCUACCCCAUACAGACAGAUCCCGACAAUACGCCACUAAUUGCGGGUAUCCUAGUGCCCCUUUCCCUUCUGCUAGUCCUCGCACUUCUCCUCCUGAUCCUUCGUCGCCGACGCGUUGGUCCGUUUGCCAAACACUCCCGUGGAGACCACUCCAAAGACGACGCCGUUUCAAUACCUGAGAGCGAGAUGGUAACGAGCCGCCCAGUCAAGCUGAAGGACUUCAUGGAGCACUACCGCAUCAUGUCAGCCGAUUCGGACUUCCGGUUCUCGGAGGAAUUUGAAAUGCUCAAACACGUUGGGCGAGAUAAGCCUUGUGGUGCGGCUGACCUGCCAGUCAACAGACCCAAGAAUCGUUUCACGAACAUCCUCCCAUACGACCAUUCAAGAGUGAAGCUUCUGCCAACGGAUGACGAAGACGGCUCAGACUAUAUUAACGCCAAUUACAUUCCAGGUUUCAACUCUCCACGGGAGUUCAUUGUCACUCAGGGACCACUACACAGCACACGGGACGACAUGUGGCGCAUGAUCUGGGAACAGAACUGUCGUGCGAUCAUAAUGCUGACGCGGUGCAUAGAAAAAGGCAGAGAGAAAUGUGACCACUACUGGCCGUAUGACACUCAGCCGGUAUAUUAUGGCGACAUUCAGGUGACCAUUUUGAACGAGUCCCAGUAUCCUGACUGGACGAUAUCGGAAUUCAAAGUUUCCAGGGGUGACCAGUCCCGGAUAGUCAGACAUUUUCACUUCACCACGUGGCCAGACUUCGGGGUACCCGAUCCUCCACAGACGUUGGUGAAAUUUGUUCGAGCAUUCAGGGAGCGUGUCAUUCCAGACACAAAGCCCAUUGUCGUUCACUGCAGCGCUGGUGUUGGGAGGUCCGGAACAUUCAUCGCCUUGGACCGUAUCCUUCAAGGCAUUAGGAAAUAUGACAUUGUCGAUAUAUUUGGUAUCGUCUAUGAAAUGCGACGUGAGCGAGUCUGGAUGGUCCAGAAUGAGCAACAGUACAUUUGCAUUCAUCAAUGUCUCAUGUGCGUCCUCGAAGGCAAAGAAGACAUUUUAGACUCUCCAAGACCCGAAGCUCAUGAUAAUCAAGGUUUUGAAGCCCGGAGUUACUAGCCGCCGCUCUGUCCUGCAUUCACGAUGAUGAGGGAAUAGCAGAGUCUGGAAUCUGACUUCUGGAACUUGGGAGCUACCCUAAGAAGUUGUCUAAUGCUCCCAGAUGUGCAAGACAAUGUUGAGUUUGCAUCACUGAAGCCCAGCCCCUCGGUUCAGUAUUCGGAGAAGUCAGCUCAAAGUUCAUACAUUGAGCAUGACAAGAUUUUUAGACAUAUCGGGACUGUUCUUGGAACUUUGACGCGCAGUGGCGCAUUCAACCAUUUUAGUUCAAACUUCAUUCACAUUUUUAGUACCACAGUGGCACCCCUGAACAUGCCCUUUCACUUGCUUUCAUUGUGCUGUGGUUUCCCUUGCAACAAUAUGGUUUACUGUUCCAUCUUUAGUGAAUCGGCCGGCAUUCACUAAUCACGAGGGAUACCACAACCACGCCAUGUCAGUUACUUAGGAAGGAUUCUUGUACUUACCCACUUGGUUGCCAAAUACGAUAUGAACUCAGGCAAUUGUACAUAUUACCUAUUUUAAAUACUACUUCUUUUAGAUAUUGCAACGAGCCAUGAACAAUGUUGAAGUGCAAUUAAGUGUGUGACAAGCCUUCAUCUAUAUUAUCUAGUUUUAAUGAGAUUACUGUGCCUGUACUUUAUGGUUCAGAAAUUUAUUCCAACUUUUACAUAUUUCCAUUUUAUCAUUUAGUCUUUCAGACAAGCUAAAAGAAAUUUGUUCCAUGAGGUGGAACACUGGUUGACCUAGGAAUGCUGUGGUGUAUUAUUUAUUGUUAUUUAUGGAAUUUUUGAGAGACUGUCAUGACAAUAAGUGUGCAUGUCUUAUCAUAUUUUUGUAGGAAACACAUCCCUUAUAGCUCGAAAUAGAUCUGAGUCUAUUGUCAUGGUGGCUGCACCAUGCUAUCAAUGUAAAGACGAAAUGUUUGUUGCCCAGGUCACAGCUGUUGCUUUGCAAUGUGUACCCAGUUGGUUUAGCUAUGGAUAUGCUGUGGUUGUAGAACCUGAAUAACAAGCAUGCCACUUUGAGCUUAUAGAGCAACAAAGUAUGUCGAUGCAUAGGAUGUACAAAAGGUAACAAAGUUAGUGCCAAUAAUAUCUUUACCAAAUGUCUUAAAGGCUGUUACAGAAUGCUGCCAUGCAGUAGCAUUAAGCUCUUCCAUCUCUUUUAAGACACGGUCUUUUGAUGUACAGUUUCAUUCUGCAUUAUCUUCAUUCAUAACUCAUUUCUGAAGUAAGAAUAAACAAUGGUGUUCAAUUUGUCUAA